AGCACGCGCCUUUGCAUGCAACCUGAGACACACACGUGCCGAUAGUGUUGUGUGUUUAGAGCACGACCCGGGAGAGCCUGCGGAUCUCGUCUCCCACUCGGUCUGAUACGACUCUUUGGUCAUAUGGUGCUUGGGAUGCAGCUCCACGUUGGCUGUCAAAGUGGGACGUCGUCAAACCGCCUGCGAUCCAGGGAACAGGUGUAAAUCGCAUGCUGAAGUCAGUAAGGAACCAUCUUUUGGAGCUGCAGGACGCCGUUUUUUUAGGAAAGUUAGAAAUGGAUAAAAGUGGCGACAAGCGCUUCAAAGCUCCACUGGUGACGAAAACGAGCUGGAAGAAACCCAGCAACAACCCCGAUUUAUUUGAAAUGAUUGAAAAGAUGCAGGGCGACAGAAUGGAUGAGCAGAGGUGCACCUUUCCUCCCCCGCUCAAGACUGAAGAGGAUUACAUUCCGUACCCAAGCGUCCACGAGGUGUUGGGCAGAAAAAGUCCCUUUCCUCUCAUCCUCCUGCCGCAGUUUGGGGGCUACUGGAUCGAAGGGACGAACCAUGACACUAGUUGCGCGGUGGAGACGGUACAUCCGCAGCCGACGUCCCCGACCACCAGCGCCAAGCUGCAAUGUAACACAACGGCGACGCUCUUCCGGAAACACUUCCUGGGAAAGGAACACUUUAAUUACUAUUCAGUGGACAGCGCCCUCGGACAUCUGGUGUUCUCUCUAAAGUACGAUGUGAUCGGUGACCAGGAACACCUCCGUCUAAUGCUCAGAAACAAGCUGAAAACCCACCAUGAUGUGAUCCCCAUUUCCUGUCUGACCGAGUUCCCCAACGUGGUCCAAAUGGCCAAGCUCGUCUGUGAAGAGGUCAAUGUGGACCGCUUUUCUCCGGUCCUUUAUCCAAAAGCUUCGAGACUUAUUGCCGCCUUCGAUGAGCAUGUGAUCAGCAACAAUUUCAAGUUUGGGGUCAUUUAUCAAAAGUUUGGACAGACUUCAGAGGAAGAGCUGUUUGGCAACAGCCACGAGAGUCCUGCCUUUGUAGAAUUCCUGGAGUUUCUGGGAGAUAAAAUCGAGCUGCACAACUUUAAAGGUUUCCGCGGAGGGUUAGACGUCACUCACGGGCAGACCGGCACUGAAUCCGUCUACUGCAACUACCGUAACAAAGAGGUCAUGUUCCAUGUGUCCACCAAGCUGCCUUACACGGACGGGGACACCCAGCAGUUGCAGAGAAAGAGGCACAUAGGAAACGACAUUGUGGCCAUCUUAUUCCAAGAGGAAAACACUCCCUUUGUACCGGACAUGAUCGCCUCCAACUUCCUCCACGCAUACAUCGUGGUCCAAGUGGUGAAGCCCUGCUCUGACGACGUUCUCUACAAGGUGUCCGUGACCGCUCGGGAUGAUGUGCCUUUCUUUGGCCCCGCCCUCCCCAACCCUGCUGUCUUUAAAAAGAGCCCUGAAUUCCAUGAAUUCCUUUUCACGAAGCUCAUCAAUGCAGAGUACGCCUGCUACAAAGCUGAGAAAUUUGCCAAAUUAGAGGAGCGGACGAGGUCAGCUUUGUUAGAGACCCUUUAUGAGGAGCUGCACGUCAACAGCCAGGCCAUGAUGGGUGUUGGAGGAGACGACGACAAACUGGAAAACGGGAGCGCGGGAGGAGGGGGCUUCUUUGAGUCCUUCAAGCGGGCGAUGCGCAGCAGGAGCCAGUCUGUGGACGCCACGGGUCUCACGUUCAAGAAGCCGCACACUUUCUCCACUAGCUUCAGCAGCAGCUUUAACCACGACCCCGCAGAGAGCCCCAAAUUCCCAGGGAUAUCAUUGCUUGUCCCAGGCAAAAGUCCCAGUAAAUAUGGACGUCGAGGCAGUGCCAUAGGGAUAGGAACAGUAGAAGAGUCAUUGAUAAUCCCGGGAAAAAGCCCAACCAGGAAGAAGUCUGGUCCUUUCAGCUCCAGGAGAAGUAGCGCCAUUGGCAUAGAAAACAUCCAAGAAGUCCACGAGAGGAGCCGAGAGAGCUCCCCAAAUACCCAGAAGACCCCCGACAGCGGCCACGUCUCUCAAGACCCCAAAUCCGACAACUCGUCCAAUCAGAGCUCUCCGGAGGUGCUUCCGUCGCCCAAGAACAGUUCUUGUCUCGGUGGCAGGGCCCCGUCCAUCCCCGAGGGUCACGACCUCUCCCGCUCCUCCUCCAACGCUAGCAGCUUCGCCAGUGUUGUGGAGGAGAACGAGACGGAGGCCGCGGAGGAGUACGACACGGCCAUGGAGAGUCUGUCGUCCGCCGGGACGCCGCUCAAGCGAGACUCCCUCACCUACAGCACCUGGCUGGAGGACAGCAGCAGCAUCAGCAGCGGCAGCACCACCGGUCGUGGCGGCUCCUCAGGGCCUGCCAAGCCUGACCGAGGGAAGGGGACAGAUGUGCGAAUCAAACUGGAACGCCCACCCGAUCAUCGGUCCUCAUCGAACUGUUAGCACCACCCACACGGCCGUGUCCCAGAUCUCCAUCCUCAGCAUUCUCAUAGGUCACAAUCCCUCUGGGAGGUGAGACAAGUGCAGGCGUUUGCCACGAACGAUCAUGAGAAAGACAACGAUGAGGAAGAUGAGAGAGAAGAGGGAAAGCAGGUGGGGCUCGGCCGGGCUGCUGCUCGGUGGGGGGCAAUAGAGGAACGGGGGGGCACGAAGAGCGGCCAGCUUUUGCACAGUGUUGUUUCCUUCCACUCUUUUAUUUGCCUCUUCGAACUGUUUCCUAGCUGUUUAUUACUGUUGUUGUUGUUGUUAAUGUUUUUUUUACCACAUCUUUGGUUUCAAAGGCGCACAUUUUUUAUGAAUUACCAAUGAAAUAGUUUUAUUUGAAAAAUAUAUAACUUUGGUUGAGUUGGUCUUGUUGAAGCCCAGGUGUGCUGGCUAUACAGGGUAAAGACAGUGCCAUCGAGCUCUUUGCAGAGCAACAUAGAAGAUAAUAUACAUAUGUAUGAUAUAAUUCAGCAUCAAAGAUGGAUAUUUUCCAACAAAACCUCUAAUGUGAUAUUGAACUGCUCUGUUGGAUGCUGUUAAAUGUGAUUAUUUUGAUUUAUGGGUAAAGUCCAAAUAGAAGGAAUACACGGCUGCAGAAAAACCAACAUGUCCCCAAGCUGACAUUUCAAACUUCCAUUGAAGGUAUCGUAGGAAAUGGCCUUAAAACAUAAACAUGCAAUUUCUUUGUCCCUGGGAUUUAGUUUGGCUAAUUGCUUGACUCACUUGUACUGCAUAUAAUAAUGGAAUAGCAUUAUUAUAUUAUUUGUCAAACUAAUAAAUUCAUAUUCAUUUUUCAAGCACAGAAUUUUCUCAUAAAAGGGUGUUACAUUUGAGUUAUGCAUCAGCCAUGUCUGCAUGGAGUGUUGUAUGGAGUGUUGCAUGGAGUGUGUGGAUGAUUCAUCGAUGACAUUGAUAUUAAUUGAUGACACGUUCUAUUCUGAUUUUUUUCCUACUGAUAUAAUUUAUUUAUUGUUUUGUUUACUGCUGAAGAGGCAUUUUUCUAGUGUAUAUCUAUCAAACUGUACCUCUCUGGUGACAUGCAUCAUCGUGCCAUUUGCUUAUUCUGUGUGGUGCAUUGGAGUAAAUAAUAAUGUUGUCAUCUUUAGAGAUCUGUCUCCAAAGGGUCAGAUCUCUUUCAGUGCAGUGCAUUUGCAAUGUACUUAUAAUAAACCGUCAAUAUGUAUUUGUCUUUAAAGAAAGAAAAUAACAACACAACUACUGAUUUUGUAAAUAGAUAUUUAGCUGGAUAAAACAGUGUGUAAUAUACAGACUAUUCAUUUUAAAUGGGGUUGACCAAUAUCUCGUCGUUACUGCCAAGUUAUUAGUACAUUGUUAUAUUUCUUCCCUAUUUUGCAUAUUAUUUUGAGAAAAGUUUUGUAGAAGAGAACUAUUUUAAAAGCUAUUCAGACUGUUCUGUUAAAGGGAAAUCUCGCAGUACGUCCUGCUGAUCAUUUCAGUUGCCUUAUCAUCAUAAACUGAUGGUGUAAGUAUGAAUAGUGAAGCAAAUAGCAAAUAAUAACAGGAUUUUCAAUGAAAUUAAUGUUUUGUUGUUGUUGUUUUUAUUGUAAAUAAACAUCCUGAGAACUUUA